AAAAAUCUCUCAAAAAUCUCUCAGUAUUGCUUCCUCAAAUCAUUCCCAACACUAGUGAGGGAAUAUUGCGUCAGUAACAUUACUGACGCCAGUAUUACUGAGGGACACCAAUCCCUCAGUAAUAUCUAUUACUAACAGAUUUUGUGCAUUAUUGAGGGUUUAUUUCCGCCAGUAAUAAGCAAAUUUCUUGUAGUGAAUGACCUUACGACAUCAUUUGGUUUUCCUAUAUACUCAUUUUGUUUCAAAAUAAGCAAAAAUUGAUAAAUAAAAGUUAAUGUAUUUAUUUCAAAAUUUAUAUCAAAUACAACAAUUUAUAUUGACUCAUUUUUAAUUACAUUUUAGGACGAACGGAAUAUAUGACACCACCGCAUCUUUUAUAAUAUACCAUAGCCUUAGAAAUAAAACUAUCUUUUUAUUAACUCUAAUGUCUCGUCAAUCGUUUUUUCCAUUAUCAUUUCUACUUUUAACAACUUAUACUUAGCCCCUGUUUGGUUUCCCGGUGGACUGUCCAAAAUGUGCGUCUCAUCAUAUACGCAGUGUGUUUCACAUGUUUGGGUCGCACUUAGCCGACCCACGUUUAAGGUGAAGCUGGUAUCCGUAGCUUUUCAAUUUGGACAAAUCGAUUCUCUUUUCCAUAACAUGGGUAUUGGCUGUUUUGCCCUUCUAAUUGUCAUUAAAGGGCCCCCUUUCCACAACAGCAUGCAUGUUUCUUGAUUGUGUGAUUUGUAGGUUAUAAACUUCAAUUUCAAUUUGAUGAGAGAACAUUAUGGAAAGAGAGAUGAAAUAAUUGAAAAUUAGUGCCGUAAAAUUGGAUAAUCCAUUAAAAUUGGUUGCAAUUCAAUUGUGUUGUGUAUAAAGGAAACAGAGCUGUAACUGUAUGUGGUGUACACAAAGCAGCAAGAGGGGAUGGUGGAUUGUGUGGUUAAUGCUGCGGUGGCUGCAUAUGACUCGAGUAGUGACGAUGAGGUGAUUGUGGACACUGGAACAAAUAAGACUCUUCAAUGUCAAUUUGUAAUAUGUUAAGAAAAUCUACAAAUAAAUGUUGAGCCCCAUUUUAGUAAUUUACACGCCCAAAAUCAAUUUUGAUUCAAACUAUCCAAACAACAUAUUUUAUAUAAAUUACUUUUGUUAGGGAGGUAUCCAAACAUAAAUCAAUUUUUGCUCAACUCACUUCUAACUAAAAUCAAUUCUACAAAAUCAAUUCAAUCAAAAUCAAUUUUAGUCACCGCAUAACCAAACACACACUUAAUCUCUUGCGUGUCUAUUGAGAAAUUUAUGCCUAAAACUUGAUAAUAUUCUUUAAAGGAAAGAAAAUGUUAAUGUCGUUCAAUAGUUUGGUUUCUCUUGAAACUGGUAGGUUGGAAUGGAGAGUUAAGGUCAAGGUCAGGGUUACAAGGAAGUGGAAUGUUGAGAGCAGUUUUUUCCGUGGCAAGGUUAAUACCAUUGAACUGAUACUUCUUGACAUUGAUGUCUUCUCUAGUGACCAUCUUUGCGUGUGUGUUAAUCAAAAUCCAAUGAGAGUUGCGAUUGCUGAUCAACUUGAGUUCAAUCGUAUCUAUCAUUCAAAGACGAUUUUCGAGCUGGUGAAAUCAUCGGAGACUGGACUUUCUAUUGUCUGUGCUAGAAUCGUUGGGUGUUUUCAAGUUGACCAAUGGUGGUAUCCAUUGUGUGAUUGUAGCAAUUGCAUAAAGUAAAGAGCUGAAGGAAGGACACCUGAACAUAGCGUUUCAUGUAUCUAAUAGGGUGAACAAAAAAGGUUACCUUGAAAUCAUGGACUAGAAUAUUGAUGAAAAUAAUAGGUUGAUGGAAAGGGACGACGAGAUUGAAAAUCUUAAGCCCUAUAUUAUCUAUGGGUCGGUGAAGUGAAAGAAAUUUUAUGUAGUGUGUGGUAUAUAUGGGGGAUUGUAUGUCUUGUUUGUCCAAUGUGUGUUGUUGUUGUGAAUAAUUGUUUGUAAGUGUGUCUUUGGUGUUCAUGUGUGAAUUAAGAAGGAUUAAGAAUUUCCUUUGUAACUCUUUACCCACUUACCUAAUGAAUAAACUAAGAGAUAUAUUUACAUGUUA